CCGUGGCAGCUGGUGCGGUGAAGCUAGCGCAGGGAUGGCGGAGUCUUCUGAGUCCUUCUCGGCAGCAUCUAGCCCUGCCCCUCAGCGGCGACGGAUCAGUGAUCCCCUCACUUCCAGCCCAGGCCGCAGCUCCAGACGUGCUGACGCUCUUACCUCCAGCCCUGGCAGAGACCUCCCCCCAUUUGAGGAUGAGUCCGAGGGGCUGCUGGGCACGGAGGGGCCUGUGGAGGAAGAAGAGGAUGGAGAGGAACUCAUUGGUGAUGGCAUGGAGAGAGACUACCGUCCCAUUCCCGAGCUCGAUGUCUACGAGGCAGAGGGAUUGGCCCUGGAUGAUGAAGAUGUGGAGGAGCUGACAGCCAGUCAGAGGGAGGCAGCUGAGCGGGCUAUGAGGCAGCGGGACCGUGAGGCUGGCAGAGGCCUGGGUCGCAUGCGUCGUGGGCUGCUGUAUGACAGCGACGAAGAAGAUGAGGAGCGGCCUGCCCGUAAGCGCCGCCACAUAGAGCGUGCCACAGAGGAUGGCGAGGAGGAUGAAGAGAUGAUUGAGAGUAUUGAGAACCUGGAGGACCUCAAGGGCCACUCGGUGCGAGAGUGGGUGAGCAUGGCAGGGCCCAGACUGGAGAUCCACCACCGUUUCAAGAACUUCUUGCGCACCCACGUGGACAGCCAUGGCCACAACGUCUUCAAGGAGCGUAUCAGUGAUAUGUGCAAAGAGAACCGGGAGAGUUUGGUGGUAAAUUAUGAAGACCUGGCAGCCCGGGAACAUGUGUUGGCAUACUUCCUACCCGAGGCACCCGCUGAGCUGCUGCAGAUCUUCGAUGAGGCUGCCCUGGAGGUUGUGCUGGCCAUGUACCCUAAAUAUGACCGCAUCACCAACCACAUUCACGUGCGCAUCUCCCACCUGCCUCUGGUGGAGGAGCUGCGUUCACUGAGGCAGCUACACCUGAACCAGCUCAUCCGUACCAGCGGUGUGGUGACCAGCUGCACUGGAGUCCUGCCCCAGCUCAGCAUGGUCAAGUAUAACUGUAGCAAGUGCAACUUUAUACUGGGGCCUUUCUGCCAGUCUCAGAACCAGGAGGUGAAGCCUGGUUCCUGCCCUGAGUGCCAGUCAACUGGGCCCUUUGAGAUCAACAUGGAGGAGACCAUCUAUCAGAACUACCAACGGAUCCGCAUCCAGGAGAGUCCCGGCAAGGUGGCAGCUGGCCGGCUGCCCCGUUCCAAGGAUGCCAUCCUCCUUGCUGAUCUGGUGGACAGCUGCAAGCCAGGAGACGAGAUAGAGCUGACCGGCAUUUACCACAAUAAUUAUGAUGGCUCACUUAACACCACCAACGGCUUUCCCGUCUUCGCCACCAUCAUCCUGGCCAACCACGUUGCCAAGAAGGACAACAAAGUGGCCGUGGGUGAGCUCACUGAUGAGGACGUGAAGAUGAUCACCAGUCUUUCCAAGGAUCAGCAAAUCGGAGAGAAGAUCUUUGCCAGCAUUGCGCCCUCCAUCUAUGGGCAUGAAGACAUCAAGAGAGGCCUGGCUCUGGCUCUGUUUGGAGGGGAGCCCAAGAACCCAGGUGGAAAGCACAAAGUUCGAGGUGACAUCAAUGUGCUCCUGUGUGGGGACCCUGGCACAGCGAAGUCCCAGUUCCUCAAAUACAUCGAGAAAGUAUCUAGCCGUGCCAUUUUCACCACCGGCCAGGGUGCGUCAGCCGUGGGUCUCACAGCGUAUGUUCAGCGGCAUCCUGUCAGCAGAGAGUGGACCUUAGAGGCUGGAGCCCUGGUUCUGGCCGACCGGGGAGUGUGUCUCAUUGAUGAGUUUGACAAGAUGAAUGACCAGGACAGGACCAGCAUCCACGAGGCCAUGGAGCAGCAAAGCAUCUCCAUCUCCAAGGCCGGCAUCGUUACCUCACUGCAAGCCCGCUGCACCGUCAUAGCUGCUGCCAACCCCAUAGGAGGCCGCUACGACCCUUCACUGACCUUCUCAGAGAAUGUAGACCUCACAGAGCCCAUCAUUUCCCGCUUUGAUGUCCUGUGUGUGGUGAGGGACACUGUUGAUCCUGUUCAGGAUGAGAUGCUGGCCCGCUUUGUGGUUGGCAGCCACGUCAGACACCACCCCAGCAACAAGAAGGACGAAGGGCUGACCAACGGUGGCACCACAGAGCCAGCCAUGCCCAACACAUACGGUGUGGAGCCCCUGCCUCAGGAGGUCCUGAAGAAGUAUAUCAUCUAUGCCAAGGAACGGGUCCGCCCAAAGCUCAACCAGAUGGACCAGGACAAAGUGGCCAGGAUGUACAGCGACCUGAGGAAGGAGUCCAUGGCAACGGGCAGUAUUCCCAUCACAGUGCGACACAUCGAGUCCAUGAUCCGCAUGGCAGAGGCCCAUGCACGCAUGCACCUGCGAGACUACGUGAUGGAAGAUGAUGUCAACAUGGCCAUCCGCGUGAUGCUGGAGAGCUUCAUUGACACCCAAAAGUUCAGUGUCAUGCGCAGCAUGCGCAAGACUUUUGCCCGGUAUCUCUCCUUCCGUCGGGAUAACAAUGACCUGCUGCUCUUCAUACUGAAGCAGUUGGUGGCUGAGCAGGUGACAUACCAACGUAACCGCUUUGGGGCCCAACAGGACACCAUCGAAAUACCUGAGAAGGACCUGAUGGACAAGGCCAGGCAGAUCAAUAUCCACAACCUGUCCGCCUUCUACGACAGCGACCUCUUCAAAAUCAACAAGUUCAGCCGUGACCUGAAACGCAAGCUGAUCCUACAGCAGUUCUGAGGUCAGCACAGGACUCUGUCUGGACGAGGCUCAGUCACACUCUGCAGACACAGCCCACUUCCACCAGGGGCUCUGUGUCCUGUGGGGGUGGGGUGAUGCUCAAUGCAGACCUUUACCCAUGAGCCCCUGGGCCAAGGAUGAAAUGACUGUACUUAUUCUCCUGCCCCUCUCUAGAGCACUCUUCUUGACCAGCCCCUCUGUCCCAGGCUCCUUAAAAAGCUGAGGUUGUGUUCAGGUGACAGAAUUUACCAAAACCAUUGCUGCUUUGCCAUGAGUUGUGUUUCUGGACUGUUUCUUCCCCUUUUAGAUUAAAGAGCAACUUAGAAGUGUUUGCACACUUUUCCAGAACGUUCUUGGAGCCUGUGAUGGAGGAGCACAAGAGCCUGCCUACCGAGGGAGGGCCCAUGCUCCUUGUGCUGACUUUCUUCCUGCCUAGCCAGUGCCUUCAUUCGCUUCUUGUACAGUUUCUUAUAGUUUAUUUUUUAAUAAAUUUGAAUACAACUUAAAUA